GUGCCCCCAGCCCCCAGGCUAAGUGCAACACUGCGCAGGCACAAAAGUUUUUUCGCGCUCAGAAAACCGAAUGCCUCAGCGUUUCUGUCGUUCCGUUGCUGUGUAAUUGUGUGUCGUAUUCGGACAGCUGUUGAGGUUGAGCAUAUACAUUUUAUGGAUUAGCUGGUCGUAAACGAACUUAUACGUCGUGAACAGGAUAACGCAUUUGUCAUCAUUUGGUCGGCUGAUCAUUUCGCAUUUCCGAAUUUCCUUGAAUUAUUGAAACCAACACGAUGGAACCGGUCAAAACGGACGCUAAAACCAAAGAAAGAAAACCUUUGCAUGUACUACAACCAGCAGCAACUGACAAAGAAAUUUUGGUUGGUGCUGAUAGAAUUCUCCGAUCAACUAAAUCAAAAGAAUCAAAAACAAAACAAGUAAAUUUUAGGCACAUGACAGAAAAUAUAAUAAAAAAAGAUGCUUCUAAAUACAAAAAAAUGAUUAAAAAGAACAAGGCUGUCCAGACUACAUCAGAGGAGAAAAUAAAAAUUGAAUUAGAAGAUUUAACAUCAGACAAUCCUAGUGAAAACUAUUGGCAGAUCCUGGCUCAAAGAAGACAAAUGGCACUUACAGAUGUUUUAGAAGAAAACAAAAAACUUAGACAAGAGAUUAAAAAGUUAGAAGAGGAAAAUCGUGUUUAUAAAGAAAUGCUGGAUGAGACAAAAGCAUUGGUUGAAGUACUACAGGAACAAAUUGGAGAUGAUAGGAGCAAUAUAAAUAAUUCAUUAGAUGACAGCAUUUUUUAAUUUGAGCUUAUUGAAUUCCUCAAUCAAAUAUUAUAAGAAAAAAGAAUAAUGUACUAGUGUACGGUUAUACUGAUAAUUUAUAAAAAAUAUUUAUAUAAUAUAAACAAACUGUUUGAAACUUUAUUCGCUAUUUGCAUAUCCAAUUGUUUAAUAUUUUAAAAGUGAUAUAAACAAAUAAUGUUUAAGAUAAUAUUUUUUUCUUAUAAUAUUUAUAACUUUAUAUUAAUAUAAACUAUUGACCAUUUUUAUCAUUGAUGAAAUGGAUCAAAUGACCAAAAAAUCAGAUAUGAACGUAAUAUACAAAGAGUUAGUGUUAAAAUUGGAAGUCUUGUAACAUUUGUAAUAAGACAAUAAGAACUAAAUAAUAAUAAGAAUUAAAAUAUGAGAACUUCUAUUUCGUAAUAUCUAUCUCAACAAAGGAUAGUUUUAUCUAUUUUCGUAAUUAUCUUUAUGUAAAGUGAAGUCGAAUAGUUAUAAGUGUAAUAAUGCUUAAAUUUACAAUAGCAAGAGUCAAAAAAUAAUUUGUGUAUGUUUUGAAGUGUAAUAAAUUUUUAUUUUAUGAUACUUUUUAUUCAUAAUAUUUUAAAUAUUGAGUUCACAAAAAGAAUAAUCAGAGUGAUUUUUCAUUGUCUUUUCUAAUAAACCAUUGAUAAAGAAUUA